GUCAUCACUGAUCCUAUCCAUCACAGUGAAGAGUUGGCGUAGUUAGUUAGGCGGUGGCAGAGAAGAGAGGAGAAGAGAAGAGAAACACGAUGGCCAUUUCAUCUCCAUCUUCAUCUUUGAACCUCACUUUCCUUCGCCCUCGCUCGCUUCAACCUCUUUCUUUCACUUCCUCUGUUUUCGCUCAGCCUCUCAGAAGCCUCCCCCUCACUCUCAGAGUCGCUACCAAAAUCCAGAGCGUUGGAAGCGGAAGAGAAGGCGCCGAUCCUAAGGCCGGUGUUUCCCUUUAUAAACCUAAAUCCUACGAAGUUCUCGUCACCGACGCUGCCAAUUCACUCGCCUAUGCUCUUCAAGACGGAAACCUUCGUCUCGAAAUCGAUUUUCCGCCUUUACCCAGCAACAUAUCUUCUUAUAAGGGAUCUUCAGAUGAGUUCAUUGAUGCCAACAUUCAACUUGCCUUGGCUGUUGUAAGAAAGCUCAAGGAGAAAAAGGAAACCAGAGCUUGCAUAGUAUUCCCUGAUAAACCAGAAAAGCGCCGAGCCUCUCAAUUGUUCAAAGCAGCUCUAGAUUCAAUUGAUGGCAUUACCAUAGGUUCUUUGGAUGAUGUCCCUGCUGGACCUAUGACUUCAUUUUUCAGAUCUGUCAGGAACACCCUUGAUUUUGACUUUGAAGAUGACAAUGAAGGUCGUUGGCAGUCUAGUGAGCCUCCAUCACUCUACAUAUUCGUUAACUGCAGUACACGUGAACUUGCAUAUAUAGAGAAGUAUGUGGAAAAAUUUGCUACAUCAACACCAACACUUCUAUUUAAUCUUGAACUAGACACACUGCGUGCUGAUUUAGGCCUUCCGGGCUUCCCAGCCAAGGAUUUGCACUACCGCUUUCUUUCUCUGUUCACUCCAGUGUUCUACAUCCGAAUCAGAGAGUAUUCGAAGACAGUUGCAAUAGCACCUUAUAUUGUCAAUUACAGUGGAGCUGUGUUCCGCCAGUACCCAGGUCCUUGGCAGGUGAUGCUUAAACAAGCAGAUGGUUCUUAUGCUUGCAUAGCAGAAAGUGCAACCCGCUUCAGCCUUGGUGAGGCUAAAGAGGAAUUGUUGAGGGUCUUGGGACUUAAAGAAGAAGAGGGAAGUUCUCUAGAAUUUCUUCGAAGAGGCUACAAGACAAGCACGUGGUGGGAAGAAGAUUUUGAUUCAGAAGCAUCUUCUGCAUGGCGGAGUUGAGUAGUACACUGUUAGAAGAGACUGUGUUUUGUUGCACCCGCAUGUAGUUUGAACCGGAUGUUACACAUGGCAAAGAAACGUGAGGACUUCGCAAGCUCCAUCGUGGGCAUCCACGUCCAUGUCAAUAGUUAGUGUGUACUAAAGUUUGAGAUAAUGCGUAUCCCUGAGAGGAGAGGGCCAUGCAACUAUUUUGUGAAAUCUAGCUGUAUUCCUCGACUAUGCAAUCUGUAUUGUGUCUGAUUUACCCGUUGCAUCACAUGAAUCACAUUAUCGUAUUUUAUUUGAUGACUUAAGCUUUGUCUUGGGUUAUACCGAAUAUGAUUCGUGGUUGUGAGAA